UACAAGGACGUCAUGAUGGAGAACCACCAGACCCUCACAUCACCAGGUAGAUCCGAUAAGAGAAGAACACCAGAGAGAUGUCCCAGUCCUCUUCUUCCACAGGAUCAUCAGCUUUUGAAACAGGAUGAAGAUCUGUACGAUAUUAAUUCUACAUAUUUAUAUGUGAGGGGUGAUGACCGGUUUAAGGAGGAAAUUCUUACAGAGACAUAUGUGUGGGAUGAUGACCAAUGUAAGGACAUUCCUACAGAUAACCGCCCAGAUGACUGUACCGGGAGCUGGGAGGAACAUCUGAUAUCUUCAGAUUUUAAAGCAGAUGAUGGUGUCACACAAGACACAUAUGAAGAGCAUGCCAUUAUCUCAGAUGUACCAUCAGCCUUUCACAGUAAGGAUCUAUCAUCUGAUCCUUUUAAACAUCUUCUAUCAUCUGGUUCAUCACAGACUGUUAAUCAAACUGCAAGUCACAGAAAGGGUGUUGUAUAUCAAAGAACACACUCGAAGAAGAAGCCAUAUUCAUGUUCAGAAUGUGGGAAGUGUUUUACUGAGAAAUCAAAUCUUAUUGUCCAUCAGAGCACUCACACAGGAGAGAAGCCAUUUUCAUGUUCAGAAUGUGGUAAAUCUUAUACUUGCAAAGCAUAUCUCCUCAUACAUAAGAGAACUCACACAGGAGAGAAGCCAUUUUCAUGUUCAGAAUGUGGUAAAUGUUAUACUGAUAAAUCAGGUCUGUUUAAACAUCAAAAAAGUCACAGAGGGGAGAAGCCAUUUUCUUGUUUAGAAUGUGGGAGAUGUUUCACUUCGAAAUCACAUGUCCUCACACAUCAAAGAAGUCACACAGGGGAGAAACCAUUUUCAUGUCCAGAAUGUGGCAAAUGUUUUACUAAGAAAUCUGAUGUUGUUAGACAUCACAUAGUUCACACAGGGGCAAGACCAUUUUCUUGUUCAGAAUGUGGCAAAUGCUUUACUCAUAAAACAUAUCUUGUUGCACAUCAAAGAACUCACACAGGGGAGAACCUAUUUUCAUGUUCAGAAUGUGACAGGUCUUUUAUUAAGAAAACAGAUCUUGCUAGGCAUCAGAGAAUUCACACAGGAGAGAAGCCAUUUUCAUGUCCAGAAUGUGGAAAAAGUUUUACUCAGAACUCAUGUCUGGCUAGUCAUCUAAGAAGUCACACAAGGGAAAAACGAUUUUCAUGUUCAGAAUGCGGCAAGUGUUUUACUAAUAAAUCAGAUGUUGUUAGACAUCAUAUAGUUCACACAGGGGAGAACCUAUUUUCAUGUUCAGAAUGUGACAGAUGUUUCAUUAAGAAAUCAGAUCUUGCUAGACAUCAGAGAAUUCACACAGGAGAAAAGCCAUAUUCAUGUCCAGAAUGUGGGAAAUGUUUUACUCAGAAAUCAUAUCUUGUUAGUCAUCUAAGAAGUCACACAGGGGAGAAACCAUUUUCAUGUCCAGAAUGUGGCAAAUGUUUUACUCAGAAAUCAUGUUUGAAUAGUCAUCUAAGAAUUGACACAGUGGAGCAGCCAUUUGCAUGUUCAGAUUGUGAGAAAUAUUUCUUAAGAAAAGCAUGUUUCAUUGAACAUAAAAAAACACACACAGGACAACGAGCUCUGGUUCUGCCCACGAUGACUCAAAGUUAUUAAAGCUCCAUUACACACCUUUGACCUUCAGCAACCCUCUCCACAACUCUUUUCACUGUAUAAUUGACCUACUCCUAAGCAUCUCCUGGGCCAACCCAAAAGGGUACAAAGUCACGAAGAUCACAUAGUGUCUAAGUGAUUAUUUUUUUCCCAGCCCUUUAAUGUGAAAGAAAUGGCCUCAACUAAUCUCAUUGUUCCGACAGUAACUCUUCCUCUACCAGCCUCCCCAUAACUGACAACUACCAAAAUGCAUGGUAGCUGAGAAUUCAAAGCCAGAGAGGCAGACCUGCAGCCAGCUAGUUUCUUCUCAGUGCCAUGGUGGUACAGAUCUGACCAUACCUUUUGUAUAGAGAUUAUCUGUGAAUCUCAGACUGGAUCACCCAAGUUUAGCUAAGCAGAGACCAAAACUGUCUUCACCAGAUGAUCAGGACUUAGAGGCAGAAUUGCUCAGGGCACCCCUUUGAGAAAGCAAUGCUACUUUUAAGUACAAACUUUAUUAAGACCGGUGUUUUAGACGCCGGUCUUAAUAAAGCUCUAAACUGGCAGUGGUUCUGCCGAAGUUAUGAAGAGACCAAGGCCUCUUCAUAUCUUCGGCGGAUCCUCAGCCAGUU